UAGACGUAGGAUUGUUUUCGAAUUACGGGACUCAAAAAUUCUAAAACUCUCUCUUGUUCAAAAUAUACAUGUGCUUUUGCAUUUAUUCUUUUCGCAAGUGAUGCCGCUUUUCGGAUAUCGAAUCUUUCAGACUCCAUGUUCCAGUAAUCCGUGUAAGAAUGGUGGACGAUGCUUGGCAAUCUAUGAAGAAGAUGACUAUCAGUGUUCCUGCGUUCCCGGAUUUCAAGGGGUGCAUUGUGAAAUAGAUAUUGAUGAAUGCGCCAGCGAUCCAUGUUCUAAUGGCGGCACAUGCAGCGAUCUUGUAAACAAAUUUGUCUGCAACUGUCCUCUAGGGUACGGUGGUGUCCGUUGCGAAGCAAGUACGUUAAAAAUUGCAAACUGCACGGUUUUCAUUGUCGUGCAAUCAAAAAUAAAGAUGGCAACCAUUCAAUAACAAAACUCAAUAACUAAAGAAUCUGGGAUAUGAUAGAUGACUGACAUAUACGAUAAACAACUUCGCUAAGAUUUAGGUCUGCGCGGUUUUUCAUUCGCGUGUUAUUCGGAGAAGUGCUUUACAUUUUUCAGACCUGAGUCAAUAACCUAUUUCAGACCACUAGAAUUAGUACACGGCUCCAAAAUAUUACUGCAGCUAACCUGAAAUGGCUUCCAUUUCCGUAAACAUUCGAGAAGGUUACAAAUUUGCCAAAGUUGAAACGGAAAAAGUAGAUCCGCUGAGAGUGAAAAGCAUGCCCUAUAUUUUGGAGCAAAAUGGUGAGAAUCUAUACCCUUUUUCAAACCAAAACGGUUCACUGUAAAACCUAACCCGCAUAUAUACCUAUAUAUCCCAUGCAAGGGAGUACCAACC